UUCAAGUGCUUGCUUAUCUUCUACCGCAAUGACCAAGUAUAUUCUUGUUUCUGGAGGGGUUGUGAGCGGGAUUGGGAAGGGCGUCAUCGCUUCUUCGACAGGCCUUCUGCUUAAAAUGGCUGGCCUCAAAGUAACUGCAAUCAAGAUAGAUCCUUACAUGAACAUAGAUGCUGGGACAAUGGCUCCAACGGAGCAUGGCGAAGUAUACGUACUCAAUGAUGGAGGAGAGGUCGACCUUGACCUGGGAAAUUAUGAGAGAUAUCUAGAUGUCACGCUUACACGAGAUAAUAAUAUUACGACUGGGAAAAUCUACAAGGAGGUUAUUGAACGUGAGAGGAAAGGCGAUUAUCUUGGGAAGACAGUACAAAUUGUCCCUCAUGUAACGAAUGCCAUUCAAGAUUGGAUAGAACGCGUUUCUAAAAUACCAUCGGAUAAUACGGGUGAGGAACCAGAUGUCUGCAUCAUAGAACUCGGAGGAACAGUGGGUGAUAUCGAAUCAGCUCCAUUUAUCGAAGCUAUGCGACAAUUCCAGUUUCGCGUUGGUCAUGCCAAUUUUGCUCUGAUUCACGUUUCAAUGGUGCCAGACAUGCAUGGCGAGCAGAAGACGAAGCCCACGCAAACAACUGUUCAUCAACUGCGAGGACUUGGACUUUUGCCCGACAUCAUCGCAUGUCGUCUUAUUGUGCCUAGUCCUCUACAGCCCGCAACGAAGCAGAAAAUCGGAAUGUUCUGCCACGUUGGCGAGGAUCAAGUAAUUGGAGUACACGAUGUUUCAUCGCUGUAUCAUGUUCCUCUCCUUCUUGAGUCGCAAGGCAUUGUCACUUUCCUACGGAAACGUCUCGAGCUCCCUCCAAUUGACCAAUUACCGAAAGCGAUGAUGGAGAGAGGCCUUAGCUUAAGCAAACGGUGGAAAGAACUUACUCGAGGCCAAGAACGACUUUUCGACUCGGUUUCGAUUGCAUUAGUCGGCAAGUACACCGUUCUGAAAGACUCGUACAUGUCGGUUAUCAAGGCGCUCGAGCACUCUGCAUUCCGUUGCAACCGGAAGCUCGAGAUCAAGUGGGUUGAGUCUUCCGACUUGGAGCCCGAGACGCAGGAGUCUAAUCCUGUCAACUACCACGAUGCCUGGCGAGCAGUUGUCGGCGCUAACGGUAUCCUGGUUCCGGGAGGGUUUGGGCAGCGCGGGACCGAGGGCAUGAUCCAAGCUGUGAAGUGGGCUCGCGAACAACGAAUUCCCUUCCUUGGUAUCUGUCUUGGAUUCCAAGUUGCAGUUAUUGAAUGGGCAAGAAACGUCUUGGGCAUGCCUGCGGGUAACUCUGGCGAGUUUUCUACAGAAGACGAGAGCUCUGUUGUCAUUUUCAUGCCUGAAGGAUCACGUACUCAUAUGGGCGGGACCAUGCGUCUUGGCCUACGACCAACGGUCUUCAGUCCCGACAAUGUGCAUUCAAAGGUGCGUGCACUAUAUGGUGGCGCAGAGAAGAUCUGGGAGCGCCACCGACAUCGGUACGAAGUCUCGCCUCAAUACGUUAAGCGUCUAGAGGAGAGCGGCAUGCGCUUCGCUGGGAAGGACGAGAAAGGUGAACGUAUGCAAAUCAUGGAACUCGGAGAUCAUCCAUACUUCGUCGGCCUACAGGCUCAUCCAGAAUUUUGCUCACGGCCACUAAAUCCUUCACCGCCGUUCCUCGGAUUUGUUGCCUCUUCUUGCGGGCCGAGCGAACUCGCAGAUCAAUGUGAACUACAAAGGCAGACCUUCGUACCACCUCAUCCACCUGGUGCGAUGGUAGACGAAGCAGAGAUCAUCCGAAAACAAGGAAGAGAGGGUGAUCUCGUUAAUGCUGGUGCACCAAUUGCUGGGGAGAAAGUCGCAAAUGUUAUUCCGAACGGCGCUUAAUGCAUGAAACACAUGCUCUAUGAUGUCAAGUAUCUUUUGUGAUAUUCAGGUAGAUAGCCAAGCACAUACUAUUUCCCUUUGUGC